AUGGCUUUGACCGGGGUAUUCAUUCUCCCCUUCGGACCAGGCCAGUCCUCGCCAUCCUCUGCGCUCAUAUCUCACAUCUCGCGCUCCUUUCCAGCCGAACCACUCCCGCCUUUCCACCUUGAUCACCGCCUGUUCGUCGACACCUCUUCGCUGCUCCCCAACUCGGAUACAUCUCAGCGUAGAACCACCAGUAUACUGACCCUGUCACAGACGCCGACAAGGACAUAUAUUGCCACGACAGGGCCGAAGGAGAAAUCUCAGGGGACAACAGAUCAGACGGCUUCCGCACCGUUCACCAUAGUAACCAUCCCCUCGAGCUCCGCCGAUUCAUUCACUCAAAUCGUCGGCACAAAACUCCAACCGCAAUGGGCACAUCGACAAUCCAUGAUCAUUGAUAAUGGCACCGCGCUGUCCCUGGAGAAUGGCCAGUGGGUCAUACGCAUCGGGGACUUGAAAACUCCGACCCGACCAAACCAAGCUGCCAGCAACCUGAGAGGCAUGGUGGUGGAAGUCUCCUUCAUUGAAGCUCCGGUGGAUGCCACACGUGGUCAAGUGCCAGUUGAUGCUCCGAAAGACGCCAACGCGAAGGUUGUGAGCAAAGAAGACGAGACACUGUUGCGUGGGAUGCUCGAGUCGGUCACCGACGGCAGCGGAAUGCCCUCGAAUUUCAGCAUCGACGCUAUGCGGUCGCUGAUUCGUCGCACCAACAUACAUCUCAAGGAUAAAGAUGCUGGCGACGCUUCGCCAGACUGGGACCUGGCAAAUUUGUAUCUGGGCAUCCUCCGAGGAUCCAGAGGUUGA